GACGUCCCGCUAGGCUGAGACCGGCGCGCGGCGCGCCAGUGGCCGCUCUUCCGCGGGCGAGUGGGCGGUGGGGGCGCCAGCAGCGCAGAAGGCGGGCACGCGGGCCAUGUCUCCCUGGGCGGAGGCCGAGCUCUCGGCGCUGAACCCGCUGCGCGCGGUGUGGCUCACGCUGACCGCCGCCUUCCUGCUGACCCUACUGCUGCAGCUCCUGCCGCCCGGCCUGCUCCCGGGCUGCGCGAUCUUCCAGGACCUGAUCCGCUAUGGGAAAACCAAGUGUGGGGAGUCGCCGCGCCCCGCCGCCUGCCGCGCCUUUGAUGUCCCCAAGAGGGUUUCACUCUUGUUGCCCAGGCCGGAGUGCAAUGGCGCAAUAUCAGCUCACCGCAACCUCCACCUUCCGGGUUCAAGCGAUUCUCCUGCCUAAGCCCCCCAGCAGCUGGGAACACAGAUAUUUUUCCCACUUUUAUAUCAUCUCAGUGCUGUGGAAUGGCUUCCUGCUUUGGUGCCUUACUCAGUCUCUGUUCCUGGGAGCACCUUUUCCAAGCUGGCUUCAUGGUUUGCUCAGAAUUCUCGGGGCGGCACAGUUCCAGGGAGGGGAGCUGGCACUGUCUGCAUUCUUAGUGCUAGUAUUUCUGUGGCUGCACAGCUUACGAAGACUCUUCGAGUGCCUCUACGUCAGUGUCUUCUCCAAUGUCAUGAUUCACGUCGUGCAGUACUGUUUUGGACUUGUCUAUUAUGUCCUUGUCGGCCUAACUGUGCUGAGCCAAGUGCCAAUGGAUGGCAGGAAUGCCUACGUAACAGGGAAAAAUCUACUGAUGCAAGCACGGUGGUUCCAUAUUCUCGGGAUGAUGAUGUUCAUCUGGUCAUCUGCCCAUCAGUAUAAGUGCCAUGUUAUUCUCGGCAAUCUCAGGAAAAAUAAAGCAGGAGUGGUCAUUCACUGUAACCACAGGAUCCCAUUUGGAGACUGGUUUGAAUAUGUUUCUUCCCCUAACUACUUAGCAGAGCUGAUGAUCUACGUUUCCAUGGCUGUCACCUUUGGGUUCCACAACUUAACUUGGUGGCUAGUGGUGACAAAUGUCUUCUUUAGUCAGGCCCUGUCUGCCUUUCUCAGCCACCAAUUCUACAAAAGCAAAUUUGUCUCUUACCCGAAGCAUAGGAAAGCUUUCCUACCAUUUUUGUUUUAAGUUAACCUCAGUCAUGAAGAAUGCAAACCAGGUGUUGGUCUCAAUGCCUAAGGACAGUGAAGUCUGGAGCCCAAAGUACAGUUUCGGCAAAGCUGUUUGAAACUCUCCGUUCCAUUUCUAUACCCACAAGUUUUCACUGAAUGAGCAUGGCAGUGCCACUCAAGAAAAUGAAUUUCCAAAGUAUCUUCAAAGAAUAAAUACUAAUGGCAGAUCUGCGA